GAAGCGUGUAAUUAUAUGGACACAGUCUGAUGUUGUGCUGCGCGUCGUAGUCCUGACAUUUGAGGAGAGAACACGCUGUCAUACACAGACGCGAUGCUGGCAGAACUCAGAGUACGGAGCAAUGUCAAGCCCAUCGAUCCCAUUUCGGAUCCACGCGUCAGUCAUGAAUUUACGGUCCUAAACGGUCACCGCUAUCAUUACUUGCUAGGCGUGCCCAAGGAUGGAAAGUUCAAGUCGACCGUCUUUCUCAUCCAUGGUUGGCCGGAUCUCGCAAUAGGAUGGCGCUAUCAGAUCCCCUACCUAAUCGAGAUGGGGUGUCGCGUUGUCGCGGUCGACAUGAUGGGCUACGGCGAGACGGGCGCCCCAGCAACACCACCGAAUUCACUCUACCUUUAUGGCACCAAGCGCGCGUCGGACGAUUUGGCGGAGUUGGCUAAGCACCUUGGGGCAAGCAAGGUCGUGCUUGGCGGCCACGACUGGGGUGGGCUAAUUGUAUGGCGAUUCGCUGCGUGGUAUCCAGAGCUUGUGUCUCAUCUGUUCGUCGUCUGUACGGCGUACACGCCACCGAGCAAGAACUACAUAUCGACUGAAGACCUUGUCAAGGGCCCGAUGCCCCAAUUCGGCUAUCAACUGCACCUCGCCAGUGGCGAAGUCGAGAAGCGUCUUACGACAAAAGAACACAUGAAUCAAUUCAUCCGCGGUGUCUACGGAAAAGCGAGAACGGCAAACAAGGAAGUCGUAUUCUCGCCAACCAAGGGUCUUCUCUUUGACAAGCUUCCUCAGCUUGGUCCCACCUACAUUAUGUCCGAGAAGGAGUUGGAUUACUAUGCUUCAAUGUAUGCCAAGAAUGGCCUUCAAGGACCGUUGAACUGGUACCGAACACGCAAGGUUAACUGGGAAGACGAAAAAGAAAUUCUCGACCGGAAGAUCAUUCAGCAGCCAGCUCUCUUUAUCGCCGCCUCGAGGGACAAUGUGCUUUAUCCAUCACUGGCCGCCAAAAUGCACCGCGAAGUUCCACAGCUCACCAUGAAGGAGGUUGACGGUACGCACUGGGUUCUCGUCGAAAAGCCAGACGAAUGCAACGAAUUGAUAGGAGAGUGGCUCAGGAAAGUGGUUUGGGGUGGCCGCAGCAAUUUGUAAUCAAAGACGCGAUCUUGAGUCUCAGAAUUAGAGGCAAGAAGGUACUAGAACGAAUGGCCUUUUCCUGAAUAAAAAGUUCUUUUUUUUUUAGGAAA